AUGAGCGGCUCAGGAAACCCAAAAAUCGCUAUCCCGCAAUCCGUCAACAUGACGCUCAACGCACUCAAAGCAUCCGCCGCAGCUGGGCUGAAAAGAUUCGUGUACACGAGCGGUUCCUUUGCAGUCACGCAGCCCAAGCCGGGCGUCAAGUUCACCGUGGACGAAUCCACGUUCAACGACGAUGCUGUCCAGGCCGUGAAAGAGAAAGGCAAAGCCGCAGGCGGCGCAACAGUCUACGCCGCCUCAAAAGUAGAAGUCGAGCGCGCGAUGCAAGCGUGGAAAGACGAGAACAAGUCCCCCAUUGUCAUAAACUGCGUAAACCCAAACGCAAAUCUCGGUCCCGUUCUCCAGCCCACGCACCAAGGCUAUCCAACCACGGCCGGCUGGACCAAGAACCUCUGGGACGGCAAGUACGACCAACUGAAGCGCGUUCCAGAGCACUACAUCAACGUGCAAGACGACGCGAAACUGCAUCUCAUUGCGCUCGCACACCCGGACCUGCAGGGUAGGAGACUACUGGCCAUGGUGGCGCCCGCACCUGUGAGCGAGAUUGUAAAGAUUCUGAGGGACGCGUAUCCGGAAAGGAAGUUUAAGGAUUUUGAGGAUCAUGGGACGGAUGAAUGUGUCAACGCCGAGGCUGAGAAGGUGGAGAAGUUGCUGAGGGAUGCCUACGGGCAUGGAUACACGAGCCUAGAAGAAAGUAUCAAGGCAAAUGCGAAGGAUCUGAAGUAG